CAUUUACAAAUAUAUUCUCCCAUACUGUAGGAUGCCUUUUUGUUCUGCUGAUGGUGUCCUUUACUUUUGAGAUACUGAUCUUUUUUUAUGCAUAGAAACAUUUUGGUUUUUUUUUUACUGGACUUUAAUUAUAUCAUGAACAGUUUUCAUUUGUAACAGGACAAAUUUGCUGGUUCCUAGUCCAGUUCUGCCAUAAUCCUGAGUGGGUAACCUGUCAUGUGACCCUUCUCUGACCACUGAGAUUUAGACCAGGAAGAGACCCCUAAACCAGGCUUCGCCAUUUAGAUACAUCUAGUUUGAUACUGAAUCACAGAUUCUGAUUGGUCUCUGUUAGGCAUUUGAACUAGAAAGUAAUAUAGAACUGACACCGUUUCUGUUGUCACAUAAGAACCAAAUAGAUAUAAGCUAGCCCAGUGAGAAGCAAAAGAACGCAGCCAACUCCAGAAUGUGUUGGCAGGAGAGGGGUGUCCCAUGAAGGCUCAGAAAGAUUCAGAAGAAACAUCUUCAGCCUUCAGCUUCUGAGGUCCACCUACUGCUGGUUUUGGGAGUCCAUGGGAAUGUUAUGUUUCCAAUAAAGACUUUUUUAAACUUAGUUUGACUGAGCUUCCAAACUUUUCAAACAACAACAACAAAAACACCCUGAUUAUCUUCCACAUCAUGGAAGAUAAUUUUUAAUAUAUGUUGCACAGUAUUCUAUGAAAUAUGUUUCCACUGCCAAUCAUUUAUGUUACCUAUAGUUCUGUCAUCAUAAACAAUACCUCAGUAAACAUCCUUGUAUAUACAACUUUUCUCAUUUGUAGAAUUAUUUUCCUUAACUUAAUUCCCGUAACUAGAAUAGAUGAGACAAAGAGGAGAUAUAUUUUCUAAGACUUUUGAUGGAUUUUCAAGAUUGCUCCCCAGAGAGGUUAUACGAAUCUGUGUACCCUUUUAGCAGUAUGUGGAAAGGACCAUUUUUCCACACCCAUUUCAAACUUGGGAAUUAUUAAUUUGAGUAUUUGACAAUCGGGUACAUACAAAAUGGGUCUGCUUUUUAAAGGGUUUUUCAGUAUAUUUUUACUAUCAAACAUCUUUCCACAUGUUAUUCAAUCAUUUGUAAUUCUAAUUUUAUAAACAGCCAUGUUCACAUUUUUCUGAAAUUUUUCUAUUGGAUUUUCCCUUUACAGCAGUGCCCUUAAAAUUAAAUGGAGCUGUAUAUAAAAAUUUUAAAUGCACAUGCUCUUUGACAGAUCAAGUCCAGUGUGUCAUAUUUACUCUAGAAUUAUAAAAGGACAUAAAUAUGUUCAAUGGUGUUCUGUGCAGCACUACUUAUGAAGAAAAAAAGAAAACAAUAGGGAUAGUUAGUAAAUGAUGAUAUGCCCAUAUAAUGGAAUAUUAUUCAGCUGUCAAAAAUGUAAGCAGAUAGGGAAAUCUCUGCAAGAUAUCUUAACAGAAAAAGCUUAAGGUGCAAAACUAUAUUGUGAUCACUUAAGUGUUUUAACAUAUAUAGACACCCAGUCACUAAACAAAUUUAUUGAGUGCUACGAUGGGGCUGGUGAUAUCCCAGGGAAGAAAUACACAAAAUACUGAAAAUAGUUAACUGGGGAGUCAGACAUUUUUCAUUCUAUAGUCUCUAUGCAAUGAGUAUGUAUAGUUCAUACAUAAUAUGUAUAUUUAAAUUUUAAAAAUUAAUUUGUGCUGCUUUCUGUAUUACAAUUUUUUUAAUUCAUCUCUGUCCUGCAGCAGCCUGUGAGGACCCUGAAGACAGAGGCUCAGUUUUGCCUUUACCACCUUGUUGAUUUUUAAUUGAAAUGGGUUGCACAAAUGAGGAAAGCGGUUGGGCGUCGAAGGGGCGGUGGGGGUCCGCCCGGGGCACCAGAGAGACGUGCAGCCGCCUUCCUAGAGAGGCGCAGAGCCGACUGGACGCCGCGCCUAGGCCGCUGGUGCGGCGGGGGAAGCAGCCCUGGGCUCCCCGGCCGGGUGCAGGAGGCGCCCGUGAGACCUUUCCGCCCCGCGAGAUCUGGGCCUCCGCACCCCGGGGGGAGCCUUUCACGAUAUCGGCCACGAGUUUGUUGUGUAGGUUCCUUGAAUUUUGGUCCAUUAACCAGCUAUUAGACACGCACUUACCGACUGCCCGCUGUGUGCUGUGCGCUGAAGUGCUGGGGUGCAAUCUCGGUAAGGUACGUUCUGGGCCCCCCAGAGCGUCUUGGCUACCGGCGUAUCCUGUACAUACACGUGCACUCACCAAGAGUCCACGGUGUGUGUUCAAUACCAGAUGUACAUUUGGAAAAACAUUUCUGAAGCAUAGACACCAGCUAAGUGAACCUUUUCCUAGCCUUUAAACUCAGCAUGGAUGAAGCUCUGCCAGGUCCCUCUUCUGAGAGUGGAGACAAGCUUACGAGAGUGAAGCAGGAAGAUCCCGCAUGUGAGCAGAUGUGCUCACAUGAGCGCUGCUCCCACAGUCAGGAGAUUUGCCGCCUGCACUUCCGGCAGUUCUGCUACCAGAAAGUAACUGGGCCCCGGGAGGCUCUGGCCCAACUCCGAGAACUUUGCCAUCAGUGGCUGAGGCCAGAGACACAUACCAAGGAGCAGAUCCUGGAGCUGCUGGUGCUGGAGCAGUUCCUGACCAUCCUGCCUGAGGAGCUCCAGGCCUGGGUGCAGACAUAUCAUCUGGAGAGUGGGGAGGACGUGGUGACUGCAGUGGAGAAUCUGGAGAAAGACACAGGAGACACGGAACAGCAGGCCUCUGUCUACACUCAGGGACAGGACAUGAGCCUACAGGUGGCAGAAUCUCAAGGAACCUCUUUGGAAAGUCAGAGCCUUCAGGUCCUGCCCAGGAUAACUACCUUGAAGUGUGAACCUCCAGACCUGUCCCAAAAGAACUCUCAAGAAGUGAGUGGGCCUGCUUCUCAGGGAACAGCCCCCCUCCAGGAAGAAAAUCCCAGAGACAAGAUAGAAGUACCUGAGUCUAAUUCAGCCAGCUCCCAGACAUCAGUGAAGACUGAAGCAGCAGCAACCCAGGUCCUUGUCCCAGGGGAGUGGCCACCUCUGAGUAGUGUGGCUCAGAGGAACUAUUGUGGCAACUCAGCUCAGGAGAAGGUUACAGACUUCAAUCUGAUGACUGAAGAAGUUGUAACUAAAGAUGGAUUGUUUAAUGCAAAGCAAGAAACUUCUGAAGAAAUGGAACAAGGUUCUGAGGCCUCAGGAAUACCCAACAGGUAAGUGUCUGUGAUCCUAAGUGGAACAAAUCCUGCAGAUGUCAGAAGAAAUUGAAACAGAACCAGAGAAACCAACUGGUCAAAAGCUGCUUCCCCGGAAUAAUACAAGAAGGGUACCACUCUACUUCUGUGAUCAAAGGAGGCUCCAUUCCAAGAAGGUGACCUGUUAGUAUACAAUCAUUAUGUAAAACCUUCAGUUGGUGCACAGUUGCCUCCAGGAAUCCUAUCCUGACUCAGUCUUCCCUGCCUGAUUUCCCUUCUGGGCUCCCUUUUGUGGAACGAGAUAUAGAGAAGCCAGAAAAGGCAGAAUAAGAGAAGGUAGAGAAUUUAGACGAUAAUGAGGGCUACUGAUGGGUAAGAGAAGAACGUCAGCAGAGCUGGAAGAGGACUUGGGGGGACAAGAAAGGUAUUUUCAAUCACCAGUAGGGGAAUUCUGAACAAGAAUCAAAAAGAAAAGUAGCUGAUGAAGAAGAGAAAUUAAAGAUGGUGGUAGGUGCUGAGUAAGUAUUGGUUGUGGAAUGAGUGAAUGUGUGGCCGAGAUACUCCCAAAGCAGAAAGGGAGGAGCCAGGUCGCAAGCAGAGGGUUGGCUUCUCAUGAGGCCAUUAACUCCUUAAGAGACAAGAAAAGAGGAAAAAGGAAACAACAGGGGGUAAUUAGACUGAAGAGCAGGGUGGAGUGUGGAGAUUCUCCUGAUCGUCAUUUGUUCAUCCUCCGGAAACGGUUUGCUAAAUCUCAGUUAAAAUAGGAGUGUCUUGAAGCUCAAAAAGAGAAGUAAAAUUUUUUAUCAAGUUCAUCUGAGCCAAGCCCCACCAAACAAAGAGAAAUAAUGUUCUGUGUCUUAAUUCAGAGUUAAAAUGGUGCA